GUAGACUACGUUCAGUAUACGUAAAACGUGCCGUUUGGCUUCUCUCGGCCACCGUACAUUAAAAAAAGAUUCCAAGAUGGCGCUGCGCACUGUCUGCGCCGCUGCUUUGCGAACUGGUCCAGAUUUAGGGGUCAAUAAUGCCAGGACAUUUGUCACAACAGCGUUCCUCUGCAGGCGGAAAGCCCCUCUGGGUCCAAUGCCAAAUGACGAGAUUGACGCCAGAAACCUGGAGUCUUUAGAGAAGUAUUGCAGCUACACUCGUUACUUAAAACAUGCUGAGGAGACAAGGAACAAACCUACCUGGUGGAAGACUUACAGGGGCUACGUGGAAGCACUGGAUCUUGAGCAUGGCCCGGAGCUUGCCGCCUGGUUUACAGGAGUCUUGUGUGGUUGCAGGUGUAGAGAAAGUGGACAUUGGGUUUCCGUACUAUCGCACCAGCAGGAUCAAAGAAGUGAAGGAGAGGAAGCAGCUGGUAAAGGAGAACAGGAAGAACGCUGAGCUGGAGAGGGCUUCUCGUCUGCGCACUCUUAAGCUUUCCCUGGAUCAUGUGCAGGAAAUCUGGGAGAAGACCAGUGGCCCGUUUCAUAUAAAGAAAAUGGCGGAGCACUACGGCGUCUUCAGAGAUCUCUUCCCCAUGGCGCAUUUUCUACCCCAAGUACCACUCCGGAUUUGCUACAGCCAGGACACCAGUGCUCAGGUGUAUUAUGGCAAUCGGUUGACACCAACAGAAGCAGCGUCGGUCCCUCAGAUCAGCUUUGAGGCCGAGGAGGGCUCCCUGUGGACGCUGAUGCUCACCUGUCCAGACGAGCAUCUUCUGGAUAACGAGGCAGAAUACGUCCACUGGCUCGUAGGGAACAUACCAGGUGGAGCGGUGCAGGCCGGAGAGGAGCUGUGUCACUACCUGCCGCCCUUCCCCCCCAGAGGAACGGGCUUCCACCGAUACGUCUACGUCCUCUUCAAGCAGGAGGGACGCAUCGACUUCCAGGAGGACGCCAGGCCGACGCCAUGUUAUUCUCUGGCGGACCGCUCCUUUAAGACGAUUGAUUUCUACAGAAAGCACCAGGACGACAUGACGCCUGCAGGCGUGGCGUUCUUCCAGAGCCAGUGGGACGAAUCUGUCACCAACACUUUUCACACCACGCUCAACAUGCGGGAGCCAGUGUUUGAGUUUUCCCGUCCUCCGGUGUACCACCCGCCGCAGGUCAAAUUCCCGCACCGACAGCCGCUGCGCUACCUGGACAGAUACAGAGACGGAAAGGAGCACAGCUACGGCAUAUAUUGAUGACUACACACGCACUGAAAGAGUUUAGAAAACUUGUUUUCCUGUGUCGUCAUGUUUGGCAUUUAUGUUAAAAAACAAUAAAGCAUUUUUCAACUGUG